CAUAUGCUGCUUUGGAUCAUCAUCUGGAUGAAAUGAGAUCGUGCAAUCAUUGACAGAUAUGUCGUAAGGAAAUGAUUGUUUUUAGUUGUUUAAAGUUUAUUGUGUGAUUAUGUAGAAGAACAAUGCAUAAUGUGAACAUAUUAUAAUAGGCUUACAGCGAAGUAAAUGUUUGAAAUGUUUAUAUAACAUACACAUCUGAUAAUUGAGUUUUGAUAAUUUAAUAUGUGUUGAUAUUAAAAUCAUAUGACAUUUAGUAUGUACAUGUUAAUGCCACAAAUCUAUAGAAGAAGAUUUGGAUUUAAAUAUUGGAAGAUGUUUAUUGUAUCGAUGUGUAUAUAAAUGAUUUAAAUUUUGUUAACUCAUUAUAUAAUAUCUACGAAUAACAUUUUGUAAACUUUUGAAAUAUAUAUCAUAAAGUAUGGCAGGAAGUGGAUCUGUCAUAAUACCAUCUAUAAAACAAUUACAGGAAAAAGAUCCUGCAUCUACUUCCAAUAUAGAUUAUUCUACUAUUAGGGGAAAGAGUGUCUUGGUUAGUCCAUCUGAAGAUCAGUAUGAAUUAUUACUUAGACGUUUAAAAGAAAGAAUUCAAGGUGGAGGAAGCGAAACAAUUUUUGAUAUUGGUAUUGGUGAAGAUGGUUCAGAAGAUGGUUUAAAAGAUGAUGAAUAUGAAGCAUCUGUUGCUACUUUGCAGUCUCUUGCUGCAACAUUAGAAGCUGACUGUGUGCUUCUCCGUCAAAGUAAAGUAGAUCAGGGUCUUAUAGGACAAUACCUAGUGCGAAGGCGUUUAGACAGACAAGAUUUCUUAGAAAUUAGAGUGGCUGUUGUUGGUAAUGUUGAUGCUGGAAAGUCAACACUUUUAGGUGUAUUAACACAUGGAGAACUUGAUAAUGGUCGAGGUUUAGCACGGCAAAAAUUAUUUCGUCAUAAACACGAAGCUGAAACGGGACGUACCAGUUCAGUUGGAAACGAUAUUCUUGGAUUUGAUAGUGUUGGUAACGUAGUAAAUAAGCCUGAACAUGGAUCUUUGGAUUGGGUUAAAAUAUGUGAAAAGUCAUCAAAAGUUAUUACAUUUAUUGAUCUCGCUGGACAUGAAAGAUACUUAAAAACAACUGUUUUUGGAAUGACAGGACAUGCUCCCGAUUUUGGUAUGUUAAUGGUUGGAGCAAAUGCUGGCAUUGUUGGGAUGACAAAAGAACAUCUUGGAUUAGCUUUAGCUUUAUCAGUUCCAGUAUUUGUUGUAGUUACAAAAAUUGACAUGUGUCCACCAAAUAUAUUACAAGAAAAUUUGAAGCUAUUAAUAAGAAUCUUAAAAUCUCCGGGUUGUAGAAAAGUACCAGUUACAGUGAAAACACCGGACGAUGUUGUUGUUAGUGCUACUAAUUUUGUAUCAGAACGGCUAUGCCCUAUUUUUCAAGUAUCAAAUGUAACAGGUGAAAAUUUAAAUCUUCUUAAAAUGUUUUUAAAUUUAUUGACUGCAAGGAUGACUAGUCAUGAUGAUGAACCAGCAGAGUUUCAAAUAGACGAUACCUAUUCAGUACCCGGUGUGGGUACCGUAGUUUCUGGAACAACUUUGAAAGGUGUUAUAAAAUUAAAUGACACUUUAUUACUGGGACCUGAUCCUUUGGGCCGUUUCAUUCCAAUUGCAGUAAAGAGUAUACAUAGAAAACGAAUGCCUGUUCGUGAAGUAAGAGGUGGUCAAACUGCUAGUUUUGCAUUAAAAAAAAUUAAAAGAUCACAAAUUAGAAAAGGUAUGGUGAUGGUCGCACCUGCGUUAAAUCCACAGGCUUGUUGGGAAUUUGAAGGAGAAAUUCUUGUAUUACAUCACCCUACAACGAUAAGUUCUUGUUACCAAGCAAUGGUACAUUGUGGAAGUAUAAGACAAACAGCAUCCAUAAUUUCAAUGUCACAAGAUUGCUUAAGAACUGGUGAUAAGGCUUUAGUACGCUUCAGAUUUAUAAAACAUCCUGAAUAUAUAAAACCUGGACAACGAAUGGUAUUUAGAGAAGGACGUACUAAAGCAGUAGGCAAUGUUGUAAAACUUAUUCCUUAUUCCAGUACCACGAUUACACAAACAUAUAGGGCAAAUAAACCGAAUAAAACAUCUCAGAAUCGACAAAGCUCUUCAUCUACGAUUCAAUCGCUAGAUUCGACAGAAACAAAUUCAUCGUUUGAAGGACAGACAUCAAAACAAGAAAAUUUACUUCAGAAACCUUCUAAAAGUCAGAAUAAAAAGAGUAGAGGGCGAAGGGGAGGACGAUCUCAUAAUACUGCAAAUAGUAUUAUUCAACCUCUGUCGGAACAGAACCCUCCAACAAAACUUUAAGUAAUAUUUAUGUACAAAACUUUUAUGUGUAUAUACAUAUACAUACUUAAACAGAUAUCAGCUGUUUUAGAAAUUUCGGAAGUUAAUGAUAAUAAUUUUGUAUUUUUAGAUAAUCUAAUAUUUCUUUAAAUAUUUCAGAUUAGUAUAAAAAAAUUUAUAUAUAUCUGUGAAAAACAUUAUCUUUAAUUAAUUUCCGAGAUUUCUAAAGCAUGGUCUACAUAAAUAUAUGUAUUAUUUUUAGUAAUUAUUUAUAUUAAAACGUGUAUAAAAUUAUUCCAUUUAAAAUUGGAAGUUCGUCUCAUUAUGGGGUUAUGUACGUAUGAUUAAGAAAUGUGAUUUUUAUCCUACCAUGUAAAAAACCCCUCUGUACUAUCUAUAACGCACAUUGUGCUUCGAACCCUAUUAGAGUACAAAUUGUCUUUCACACUUUGACUAAAUUGCUAAAAAUUUAAAAAUGUUUUUGAAACGUAUAAAGAAACAUACGUUAUUAUUCAUAAAGUGUUUUAUUUUUAUAAGCAGGAGUGUAUCUUAAUAAAAUAAUAUCGACUAAAUACAAUCAAUAUAAAAAAUACA